CUGAUGGCGGUUAUCUUUCGGACAAUUAUUACUGCAUAUCAAGUAUAACCAACAUAUAGACAAAUUUCUAAAGCCCUGGCAAUUCUCCCCAGAGACUCUCGUUUCCAACUUUGAGAAAGGCAUACCUAGGGUUAUGAUAGUUUGGUUGAAUCGGUGAAAUGGUGACCCUUCUCCCAGUUGAUUCUGAAGUCGGAGAGUCCGCUCAUUGUUGCACUUUUGAAGAAUGCGCCGGUCAAGGAGCAAAUCUUUUAUCUUCAGCCGUUCCAUCAUGUUCGGAGCUUGGAAAUUCUGAAUCUUUAAUUGGGAUUCCUUCCUUAGUUUGUGCCACAAACUCCCAAUACAACACUUCUGAUGAAGAAGACAAUCGUCGUAAACUAGAUUUACCAUAUUCCAAGAUUGUCUCUCCCGUCCUGUCAUGGUGCAGGGAGGUGAAGUCGCUGAUUGCUACAAUGGAUGGUCCUCAGACGCAGAGGUUGCUGGAGCAAGUUGCUAAGGAAAUGCUGAUUCAUGGUUUUGCUGGCUUUCACUUGUUAAAAGGCUACAACCGAAAAUGGAAAUGCAGCCAGCAGGUCUUCCUUUACGGGGAUCGCAAAGAUUUUCCAUGGUGAAAAGAUUGAAAUUACAGCUGACAUCAGUUCUCCUGCAAGUGCACAGCAAAAUAUUAACGAGAAUGGUGGUCAAUCUGAGCAAGCUAACAGUUAGUGGUCCCAAUGCCCCUAUUCGCAGCAGACGGGAGAGGGAGGAGAAUACCGGGGAGAGGAAUAAGUGUGUGUGUGUGUGUGCAGAUCCUGUGUGGAGCAGCUGGAAUUGCACUCGUUGUGGGGGUAAUAUGGAUGGGCUGCGAGGUGCGCAGCUUAUUUAAAGCUGGGAAAGCAGUCUUAGGGUCUGGGAGAGCAGCAGUUGAUGGGUGGGUAGCCAAUGGCUGCCCACCGUGAGUCAAUAGCUUGGUAGAUUCUGUACAAUUUCGAAUGUUUGGUAGUCAAUAGCUUCGCAUGUCAAUAGCUUGGUGGAUGCUUAUACAGUAUGGUAUGGUUUUUUUCUGACAUUUUCUUAAGGAAACUUAAGAAUUCGGUAUGGUAUGGUAUGGUAUGGUUGUCUUUAGCGUUUUUGUGGUAAAAGACUGACACGAUGCAGAAGGAAGUCAGUGAAUGAUGUCAUGCCAGUCCCGAAAAUGUGCUGAGCAACGUGGCUUUUUGGUUCUGUGACCUAAAAAGGACGGUGAAUUGUAGUAAAUCCCAUGAAGUUUUGGUAG